UUCAUCGUAAAUAUUUCAGGCUUACACUACAUAGCUUUGUUGGGGACAAAAAUGUACAAAAUCGAAUAUUCAAAGCUAAUACAAUGUUCGCAAAAGGAUAUUGAUCAAGCUAGUCAGCAAACUCAAUUGACGAAUGAGUUAGAAAGUCCGACAUCAGUGUUACUGUCUGAUAGAUGUGCAAUAUUUUUCAACGAUGUCGAAAAAUCAUCUAUUACGUGUGCGGACGCUACUAAAGCAAUUGACUCCAAAAACAAGGCAGUUAUUGCAUCCGAUCCAAUAUAUCUACAAUAUGUAAGCGGGAUGAAGAUUAGACAGAACAAAUUAUUCGUUUUAUCGAGCACCUUUUUCCGACAUCUAGAGGGUCCAUUAAAUGCAAACGAGAUAAACUUCAGACUUUUCUCAGUGCCAAUGGAGGAGAUAAAACGAAAUACAAAUUGUUUUUCUUCGUGCAAUUCUUAAGUCCGAUAAUCCGUGGAUUCGUGGGUUUUCUUAAAUGACUUUUCAAUCUUCUCUUUAGGAUUAUUUUAUCU